CCCAUAUCAAAACCCUCGCCGUCUCCCCCUGUCCCGUCCACCGGCGGCCAUGGACCCGCAGGUGACCCUCAACAUCAGGAGGAGCGAUAUUCUCGCCGCCGGCGAAGACCCCGAGACGCUCGAUGUUGGCUCAAAUCUGCUGCUGUACACCCUGUACGACUUCCUCCCGGCCCCGCCCGUCUCCCCCGCCGCCGCACGCUCGUUCGCCGCCGCGUCCUGGGUCCCCGACGGCGUCGACCGCAUCAGCUGCCUCCCCGACACGGUCCUCCGCGAAAUCCUCUCCCGCGUCCCCGCCAAGGACGCCGCGCGCACCGCCGCCCUCGCCUCGCGCUGGCGCCACCUCUGGCGCUCGGCGGCCCUCGCUCUCGUCGACAGCCACCUGCUCCCGGGCGGCGGCGCGCGCGGGCAGCUCGUCAUCGGCGCCCCCUCUCCCCGCGCCGUCACCGCCACGGUGUCCCGCGUCCUCGCGGAGCACCGGGGGCCCUUCCGCUGCGUCCACCUCACCCGCACCACCAUGGAUGAGCACCGGGGCGAGAUUGUGCGCUGGCUCGACACCCUCGCCGCCAAGGGGGUCCAAGACCUCGUCCUUGUCAACCGCCCCUGGCCGAUUGACCUGCGCCUCCCCGCCACGCUCUUCAGCUGCGCCCCCCUCACCCGCCUCUACCUCGGCGUGUGGAGGCUCCCGGAGACCGCCGCCGUGCCGCGCGGCGCCAGCUUCCCCAAUCUCAGGGAGCUCGGCCUGUGCUUGUAUUCCAUGGAGGACCGUGAUCUCGCAUUCAUGCUUGAAAGAUGCCCCGUCCUGGAGAUACUCGUCAUGAUGACAAGCCACAGCGGAGUGCGCCUCCGCCUCGUCAGCCAGAGCCUGCGGUGCGUUCAGCUGGGCUUCACCUACUUGGAGUACAUCGACGUGGUGGAUGCACCUCGCCUGGAGAGGAUCUUCCAGUGGGAGAUCACUAGCCCCAGCCUCUGCGUCAAGAAGCACUCUUCCAGGAUCAAGAUUGGACGUGCACCUAAUCUGCGUAUGCUGGGAUACCUUCUGCCAGGAGAGCAAGAAUUGGGGAUUACCAACACCGUCAUCGUGGCUGGGAGCAAGGAGAACAUUGUCCCUAGUGUCCAGAUUUUGGCCAUAGAGUUGCACUUUGGUGUCCGCGAUGCUGUCAAGAAAGUAUCUGGUUUUCUCAGAGGCUUCCCUAACCUCGAGACGCUCCAUGUCCAGUCGGUCCGCGUAUCUGAAAAGUCCACUGGCAAGGUCAAUCUCAAGUUCUGGCAGGAGGGCGGCCCCAUCAAAUGCGUCGUGGAGGGCAUGAAGAAGGUGUUCUUCUAUGAGUUCCGAGGGUCAAAAAGCGAGGUUGCUUUCCUCAAGUUUAUCGCGGAGAGAGGUCGCGUGCUGGAGCAGAUGGUGGUUGUGGUGGCCAUUGAGUGUUUCUCCUCAUGGGAUAAUGUGAAUGCCAAGCUGAAGCCUCUGGCCAGUGCGAAAUAGAAGAGCAAGACUUGCAAACUACAGCUCUUCAAGACCACGCUCACUGCCGGGGGAGGUCCUGCUUACAGCCACCCGCAGCUUCUGAUUUUGGAUGUGCUGACCCUUUUGACCUCGAGUACUACGACAAAGCAGAAAGGAUCUCUGUAAGUUAAUUAGUACCACCAUGAUGAGCCUCUUGUGUUGCAAGAGUACUGGUAACUAGCUUGACUUUGUGUUGCAAGACUACUUGGACAUGAAUUUCUCAUGGCAAUCUGUGGCGUCUUUUCUGCAUGAUGAGGUUGUUUGUACUCCCUCUGUUCACUUUUAUAAGACCUUGAAGACAUUUCAGACAAUGUGCAAAAAAGCCUAUUUUGAGUUGUCGGAAACGACUUACAAAAGUGAACGGAGGGAGUACCAAAUUCUGGAAUUCUUAUAUGCCUUGUGGGUGUAACAGAAUUAGUUAGUACCGAAUUUUUAACUUUCUAAGUCGAUCUGUUCAGUUGAUGGUAUGUUUUAUAGUA